UUUACUAGUAAAUGGAAUUGCAACAAGAGAGUACAGAGUACUCAUCGGAGAGCAGAUCUUUUGAUCUGCGAAGAGACCUAGCUGGAUUUAUGUUCACACAGAAACUCUUCAGGAACAUCUUUAAAUAUUAUGGCACACUUCCCCAGAUCGCUGAGCUUUGCCACCUUCUUAGUAGAGAAAGCCAUACUUUUUGGUACGAGCAUGAAGAUAAUUUCUGUUUUACUGCAUUCUCAGAGAAGGUCUACAAACCUUUGGUCGAGGUGAAAGCUCUCGAUAUAGCUCAUAAGAGGUUAAGGAGGCAUCCCCAAUGCAUCUUGAAUCAGUCUUGUCCAUGUGCUCGAGUACCUAUUUUUAGGAGUAAUAUUAAACUUGCAAAAUUGUUGGACCUCCGCAUGCAGUUUUAUUUUAAUUUCAAGAUUGCUUGAGUUGAUGAAGCAGAUGAAGAAGGAUACCAACAAUUUUGAGAAAUAUUAGAGAACAUUCAGAUCUAUGGUGACAAGGCUGAAUCUUUUAUGAGAGACCCAACAAAAGUGGUAAUCUCAAGAUCGACGUUCAGGUUCGGUCCAGGAGUCAUGAAUAUUCCUAAAAAAUUCUCUCUAAGGAAUGGGUUUCUUGAGGAUUUAAAAGUCCGAGAGCCUGUUAAACACGAUUCUCUCGAAAGCUUGGAGCUUGCAAAAGUAGUCAAGAUAGCUGAUGGCAAAGAAAAGUUCCAGCACUCGUUAGGGUGAAGUUCAGUAAGACUAACAGACCCAAUCUUUUACUUCAAGAAGUCAAAAUGGGAGCUAGCCAGUUCAAAGACACUUGACCUUUUAGUGCCAAAGGAUAAUAUUUGCCAGAUAGACGGCUACUUAGUGACUUUUGAUAACUUCGAAGCUGAUUUUACAGGCUUUGAAGCUCUAGAAGGAGUCUCAGUCAACAAAACCUAUCAGGAGAUUAGCUCUCUUUGUUCAGACUGUGAGGAUGCUAUAAUUGUUCCUCUUGCUUCUAAAAUCCCAAAUGAGUUCUUCGUGUACCAGAUUAAUGACCGUAAUGUGACUGUGCAGUAUAACUCAAAUUUUGAUAAGAAUGACUGUCUUCCUUAUGCAUAUUUCGACCGAUUUAUGUCUGAGUUAGAGCAUCUUAGUCAACCUGAAAAUAUUGGAGAGAUGCCUUGUAGAGGCCCAGAGCAGCCCAAAAUUAGCUUGGAUUCCUCAAACCCAGACAUGGGCCGAUCAUUAGCUCCUAAACUCGAGAUCAAGAUUGGUGAAAGCAGCCAGGCUGAUGGUCAGAUGAAUAUGGCAGCUCUUUUUGGAAGUCUUUGAGAUUACUCAAGGAUUUUGUGAAAGUUUUUCAACACUAUUUUCGGGACCAAUGAUAAUACGAUUCGGCUUACUAAACUAGAUAUUCAACAGUGUUUGCACACUAGGAGAGGCCCAAAGAAGUCAAGAAGUAUUGUUUUCAAGCAUCUUUUGAAGUGCAUAUCAAAAUGAAAAACAAGAAGUUUAGAGGAGCUUUGUAUCUGUAUCCCCAAACCAGAGUGGAUCCUGGACCUUCUCGUCUCAUUACGCAAUCAAUUCGCCUUAAAGCACCUCAAAAUUAUAUGUAAAUCUAGACACCGGAGGAAGAAAUCAGGGGAUUUUGAUACCCAAACUUCUCAAAAAGAUGUGUCGGUUACUGACAACCACAUCAGACUUGGCAACCUAGACCAGAGCCCGUUCCUUGAUCCGGAAAUAUGUGAUUAUUUGAAGGAAUUUAGACAUAUGCACCCAGGGCUUUUAAUUGAGGUGGAGUAUUUCUCCACCAAGAAUAAGUAUACUUUUGGGCAAAAACCUGUAGACAUUCUUAUAUAA